AUGAAACAACUCAAUUCGUCUUCAAAUGGUGUUGUCAUUGCUGGUAACAAUGGUAAUGGUAAUGCAGCAAAUCAAUUUAAUGGUCCCAUGGGUAUCUACUUAGAUGUUAACAAUCGAUCAAUUAUAUAUGUAGUCGACAGUUCAAAUCACCGAGUACAACGAUGGAUUAUUGGAGGAACAUCUGGUACGACAGUAGCCGGUGGAAAUUCAAAUGGAUCGGCCUUAAGUCAAUUGAAUAAUCCCAGAUCAGUUAUUAGUGAUUCAAAUGGAAAUCUUUAUAUUUCGGAUACGAAUAAUCAUCGAAUAGUUAUGUGGGCUAGUGGAGCAACAGUUGGAAUACUCAUAGCAGGUACUAGUGGAGUAUCAGGUUCAACUGCAACAACUUUAAACUAUCCCAAUGUUACGGCUGUUCCACCAUGUACACCUCAAGCGACAUCAAGUGGAACAUUGUUUUCUGUUACAAAUCCAACAUCAUUCCCUUAUCCAAGUUACACUUGCUAUGCAUACACUUGGGUUGCGACUGGAUCAUCAGCAACAUUAUCCUUCUUUUUUCGUCAUGAUCCUGGUGGUUGGAUGCUAGACGAUGUUAAUGUUUAUCAUGGUUUGACACAAUUAAUUACGAACGGGGGAUUUGAAACUGGUAGUCUAACUGGAUGGACUUAUUCAGGUUCAUGCUUCUUUUCUACCGGUAUGGCGUACUCUGGAAGUAGCUUUGCUAAAUCAGGAACCUAUUACUAUUAUGAUCGCUGUCGUACGUAUGGUGAUACAAUAAGUCAAACAUUUGCAACAGUUCCUGGUGAUACAUAUGUUAUUAGUUUUUGGUUAACGAACUAUUGGUGCUGCUCAGCGACUGAAAUAGCCAAUGUGACAAUAACAUGA